AUGAAAAGAAUUUCGUGCAUGUUGGUAGGCGAUAAGAAAGUUGGCAAAAGUAGUAUCGCGGUCAGGUACACAACAAACUCGUUUCGUCCCGAGAUAACACAGCGAUGUCAAUUUCAAUCGACAAAAAUCAAUAUAGACGGGACAAAUUACGCGUUAGGACUUGUCGACACAACAGACACAAACAACACAUUUUGCGAGAAAAACAUCGAAAAGGUUGAUUGCUUUCUGGUCAUCUAUUCGAUAACUGAUAAAGACACGCUUCUUCACCUGCCGGUUUAUUUGAGUAAGAUAUUCGACAUAAAGAAGAAAGUACAGAAGAAGGCGAAUGUUGUGAUAGUGGGUAACAAGUCAGACGAGACUCAGAGAGAUGUGACCUAUGAAGAGGGGUUUGCCUUUGCAGAGUCUAUUAACUGCACUUUCAUGGAAACCUCUGCCAAAGACUUCACAAAUAUAAAUCACCUCUUCGACGUCGCAGCAAGAGAAUGUGUUGAGCAACUGACUGAAACAACGUCUGAGUGCCCCGUCAUGUAA